AUGUGGAUUAAACCAAAGGAGGUGUUGAUUGCUAAUGCUUUUUGGGUAACAGAACAAUCAAGUAUAUAUUUUCUUUUGCAAAGAAGAAAAGGUCAUGGAAAGGAUAGCAAUAGCCUCUCUUCGUUGUUUGUGGGCACAUUGGACAGUGUUUUUGAUACAAAACCUCCACCUUAUCGAAUACUCCACCAAACUCCAACCUCUGAAGUUUAUUAUGCCAUAGCUUGUUCUCUCACCUUACCAGAAAUUCAAAAGGAUUGGGAAUGGCUCCAAAAGAAUUUGAACUGUUUAGAAGCAUUCGAAAAAGAAGAAGAUGUUACCGGAUUCGUUUGUGGCAAAAUUGAAUCCAUGGUAGCUUCUUCUUGUCAUAAAGAUUUGGAUGUUGAUGAAGAUUCAAAAGAAUACAGGAAACAAUCAAAAAAAUUCCGAAGAGUUUUCAAUCUACCUGCUGAUGAUAAGCUUGUUAGUUACUAUUCAUGCAGCUAUUGGGAUGGUAAAGUGCCUUUUCAGGGCUGGAUGUAUUUAUCUGUCCAACAUUUAUGCUUUUAUGCAUAUAUUUUGGGGAAGGAGGUAAAAAUCAUUGUAAGGUGGAUUGAUGUUACCGACUUGGAAAAAUCAAAUAAUUACUUUUUUCCUGAAUCAAUUUGUGUUUCAACAAGAGAAAAAGAGUAUUAUUUUUCAAUGUUUCUCCGAAAAUCAGAAACAUUUGAUUUGAUGAGCCAGUUGAUUAACAUUGCAAUGAAACAAUUGAUUGAUGAAAAACCUGGAUUUUCGGAAGAUAAAGAUCUGCUAAAUAAAAUGAGUAAAAAUGUGGCUAAAAAACAGUCUUUUCUGAAAAGGGAUUUAGAUGCAAGGGCUCUUUCAGAAUCUUACCGAUUAACUUUUCGUUUGCCAGCAACAGAAAAGUUGGAUGGUAGCACUGAUGCUACCUUGUGGACUCCGUACAACAAACGCCAUGUUUGGGGACGUAUUUAUGUUUCUCAAAAUUACAUUUGCUUUGACAGUCGUGUGAAAGGUUUGGUUAGUGUCGUGAUUCCAUUACGUGAUGUUUCAAAUGUGGAGAAAGUGGACAAUCAUGCUUCCAAUACUGCUGUUAAUAAUUCAGUUCUAUUAACUACAAGAUCUGCUUCGAGACCGACUUUUCUAUUUUCACAGAUUCAUGACAGGGAUUUCUUUAUUCAAAAAACUUCAGAGCUCCUUUCGAAAAUUGAAAUGCCCAGAGACACACCCCAUGAUAAGAAAGGUGAUGAUGAAGAAUGGAGCUUUCAACCACCAAUGCGCCUCAUCUUCAAAAAAGAUCUAGUCAAGGAAAUAGCAGCUCAGGAAGAGGUUCGAACUAAACAGUGGGAAUUGCAUUUUGCAGAGUACGGUCGUGGUGUUUCUAUGUAUAGGACGAGUGAAAUGAUGAAAUUAAUAUUGGAUGGUGUUCCUGACCCAAUGAGGCGCGAACUUUGGCUCAGCUUUUCGGGUGCUUGGAAUAUGUUAGUAUCCAAUCCUAAUGAAUACAGGAGGCUUGUGAAGCUUGGCAUUGGUAGAAGUUGUACGGCAAACGAUGAAAUUGAAAGAGAUUUACAUCGUUCUUUGCCGGAGCAUCCUGCUUUUCAGACUGAUAUUGGUAUCAGUGCACUUAGAAGGGUACUCACUGCAUAUGCUGAACGAAAUCCUCAAAUAGGUUACUGUCAAGCUAUGAACAUUGUGAGUUCUGUUCUUUUAAUUUAUUGUGGCGAGGAAGAAGCAUUUUGGCUCUUGGCGUGCCUUUGCGAAAGCUUACUCCCUGAUUACUACAACACGAAGGUAGUAGGAGCUCGUAUCGACCAAGAAGUCCUUGAUGAUCUAGUGUCCGAACACCUUCCCCAUUUGCAUUCUGCACUUCAACACUUAGGAAUGAUAAAGAUGAUUUCACUUUCUUGGUUUCUUACAAUAUUUUUAAGUGUUAUGCCGUAUUCUAGUGCUGUGUAUAUUGUUGAUUGUUUUUUUUAUGAUGGUGCUAAAGUGAUUUUCCAAGUAGCCUUGACUGUCCUAAAAGUAAAUCAGGAGAAAUUAUUGAAGUGUAACGAUGACGGAGAGGCGAUGCAAGUGCUUAGUGGAUAUCUGUCUGGAGUGUAUAAUGAGCAGUUAACAAAACAGGAAAUAAUCAAGGAUGGAGAGCCUAUUGAUAGGACUAUUUCUAUUCAAAACCUUCUGUAUGACGCUUACUCUAAAUACGGAUCCAUAACAACUGGUGGGAUCGAAAGACUGAGAAUGAAACACCGUUUAAGGGUUGUUCAAGGGCUAGAGGAUGAGCUUGGAAGGAACAUUGUUCGCAGUAUUCAGUCUGAUGGCUGCUUCAAGCCUGAUGAACUGACGGAUUUUGUCGCUUUUGUCAAAGAAGAACUAAUUUCAAGGAGGACACCUGCUGAAAGGUACGAUCCUUCUCGGCCACCUUAUGAAGCUUAUAGCAUAGAUUUUGAACUAUUUCGAUAUUUAUUCUGUGGAAUUUCUCCUUGGGGUAAAGGAGAGAAGGCUGAUGAUCUUGCCGCAAGAUUGUUUAGGCUAAUGGAUAGCAACAGCGAUGGAAUUCUUAAUGUGAGAGAGGCAGUCAUUGCUCUUGGGCUUACCUCUACUGCAGAAAUGACCCAAAGGUUAAAACUGUUUUAUGCACUUCAUCUACCGCCAGUAUUACCGUCUGUCGAGGUGCAGACUCCUGUCAUGCCAGAUGGGGCAGAGAUCGCUUCAGAGGCGACAGAAUUUUUCGAAGAUGGCUCAUUUAGUAUUGGGUCUAGUUCAGCCGAUUCAACACCUGUUUUAGAACGUGUCAACAGCCAAGCAGGUGGAGAUGAAGGUAGUUGGGACAUCUGUAGCAUAAGUUCUUUACGUGCUUUAGUAACAGCUGCUGACCAAAGAGGGAGUCGCAACUCUCUUCCAAGAAUGAAACAAGAACAUUUCAUUGCACUUUGGCGUUCCCUUUAUGAUAUGUUGCAAGAUCAUCUUGAUAAUGAGGAUAUGUAUCAUUCCAUUGCCUCAGUUGGUACAUUACUUUUAAAAUUGGGCGAAGUUGGCAAAAAGUUUUAUGCUGCUCGGGAUGAAUCAUUAGAAAGUUUAGUAUUGGCAGCUGAACAGUGGAAUGAAAAAAGCAAAAUUGUUCGUGAUCACAAUGGUAAUCCUGGAGGUGAAGCUGAAUGGUCCAUAGCUGUCGAACAGUUCCUAGCAACGGCUCUCACGGGUCAGCCGAUCGUUGAAUUCUUCUCUCAACGAAUCGAACUUUUACCAAUACUGUCAUCGAUGAGGAAGUCGAGAUUCACCUCCUUUCAAAAUAACGGAAUAGAAGUUUCGUGA